UCUUUGUUAAUAUAUUGCAUCAUAUGGAUGAAACAAGAGAUGAAAAAGAGUGAAUAAUUUCUUAAUAUACGGACGGUUGUUUCCAUACAAAGCGAGUGACUUUUGCCUGCCUAUUGGUUGCUAUUAGUUAAGCUCAUUUUCACGUUCUAACAUACUGUUCCUUUCCUCUCAUUUUCUCAGAUUUCUCUCUCUCUUUUUUAUAGAUAUCAUGGCAAGUUCGAGCCCUGCCGAAGUCAACAGAAGACUAGAAGGAAAAGUGGCGUUGAUAACUGGUGGAGCUAGUGGAAUUGGCAAACGCACUGCAGAAAUUUUUGUCCAACAAGGAGCCAAAGUAGUGAUCGCCGACAUCCAAGAUGAACUUGGACAUUCGGUUGCUCAAACCAUAGGAUCAUCAACAUGUACAUAUGUACAUUGUGAUGUCACUGAUGAGAGCCAAAUAAAAAAUGUCGUGGACACAACCGUACAAACAUAUGGAAAACUCGACAUUAUGUUCAACAAUGCUGGCAUUGGUGGACCUAACAACUCUCGGAUCAUUGACAACGAUAAAGCAGAUUUUGAACGUGUAUUAAGCGUCAACGUGACAGGUGUUUUCCUCGGCAUCAAGCACGCAGCACAAGCCAUGAUCCCAGCUCGCACCGGUAGCAUUAUAAGUACUUCUAGCAUAAGCUCUUAUGUUGGUGGUGCUGCCUCACAUGCUUAUUGUAGUGCAAAGCAUGCUGUGGUUGGUUUAACUAAAAAUGCAGCAGUUGAACUUGGAAAAUUUGGGAUUAGAGUUAAUUGUGUGUCUCCUUAUGCUCUUGCAACUCCUUUAGCAACACAAUUUGUUGGAUGUAAUGAUGGUGAGCUUGAAACUACCAUGAACAUGUUGGCUAACCUUAAGGGUGUAACUUUGAAAACUGAUGAUGUGGCAAAUGCAGUACUUUAUUUUGCUAGUGACGAUUCGAGGUAUGUGAGUGGCCAUAAUUUGCUCAUAGAUGGAGGAUUCAGCAUUGUUAAUCCAUCCUUUCAUAUGUUUCAGUAUUCAGAUUCUUGAUCUUGUUUAAUACCAUGAAACAAUAAUAAUUAUGAAGUUAGAAUAAGGGAUCAUAUUGGCUUUGGUUGUAAUAUUGUACUGUUUCUACAAAUGUAUGUUUAGGAUUCUUCUGUAACUUAUGCUUGGGCUUGUACUUAUGAGUCUUUGAGACCAUCGAAUUACUUUUCUAUUCAA